AUGGAGCCACUGGUGGAGCUGGAAGACUUCAGAGAGCUGGAUCUGGGAGGAAAUGAGCUGCAGGAUUCAGGAGUGAAGCUGCUGUGUGGUUUUCUGGAGAGUCCAGACUGCAGACUGGAGACUCUGAGAUUGUGGCGCUGCAGUUUGUCAGAGAUCAGCUGUGCUACUCUGGCCUCAGUUCUGAAGUCCAACCCCUCCCUUCUGAGAGAGGUGGAUCUGAGUCUCAACAAGCUGCAGGAUUCAGGAGUGAAGCUGCUGUGUGUAUUUCUGGAGAGUCCACACUGUAGACUGGAGACUCUGAGAUUGUGGGGCUGCAGUUUGUCAGGUGUAUUCUAA